AUGCGUGCCGUUUCUCUCUUGACUUUGUUCGCGUCUUGCGCUGCUCUCGUUGGCGCUGCCCCCGCUGCUGAUGCCGAAUUGAGCUCUCUUCAAAGCUGGUUUUGCUGGAACCCAGAGGUUCGGAGAGAAUGGAGGACUUUUUCCAAGAAGGAAAAGGAAGCAUACAUCUCGGCUGUAAACUGCCUUGCCAAGCGCCCCCACAGCAAGCUCCUCAAGGCAUCGUACCCGCGCGCCGAUUUGCCUCCUAUCAACGAGAACUCGAGCUUCUACGAUGACAUGACCUAUAUUCAUAUGGACCUCACCAACCAGAUCCACUACACUGGCUUUUUCCUGCCGUGGCAUCGUUGGUACACCAAUCAACAUGUUACUCAGUUGAGGAAGCAGUGCGGAUACAAGGGUGUUAUGCCCUACUGGGACUGGUCCAAGGAUACUGCGUCGUUCAAUACGUCUGCCAUGUGGGAUUCCGAUCCUACCUCUGGUCUUGGAGGUUUCGGAGACCCUAACAACGACUACUAUGUCAAUAACGGCGGGUUCAAGGACAUGAAGGUUUCAUACCCAAUCAAACGCGGAAUUCGCCGUCAAUAUACGCCUUAUCCUUACCUUAGUUGGUGGUGGGUUCCCAGGCCCCAAGAGGCAGCCGUAGUCGGGAUGCAAAAGUCGUUUGUUGACGAUGCGAUCAACGGCUACGAAGGCGACUUUAUGGGUUUCCAAAACGCGACCGAAAAGGCCCAGGCAUUCCAUGCGAAUGUGCAUAUGAUCAUGGGUGGUGACUUGGCUGGAACUUGCCCGAAAGCUGCUGGUUCCACAUGCCAAGGAGGAUCGACCUGGACGCCCAGCGACCCCAUGUUUUUCUUGCACCAUGCCAAUAUCGAUCGUAUUUGGUGGCUCUGGCAGAUGAAGUCUAUCAGGAACCUCUUUGCUUUCAAGGGCGGAUCCAACAUGACCUACACCGACCCGGCUUUCCCCAACGGAUACCCCCCAUGGUUGAGCGUCACUGACAAGUUGCCUACCGAUGGGUUGUUCCCUCAGCCUACCAUCUUGAGCACCCUGAACACUCUGGGGAGUGGCGAGUACUGCUACAUUUAUGCAUGA